CCACAUUGAUCUUGUUUGUUGCUUUCGCAGUUUGGUUGCUAAGAAUGUGGACAAAGAGGAAAACACUGCCGCCUGGACCAUUUCCUUUGCCACUCAUUGGUAAUAUUCACGUACUCGCUUAUGAAGUUCUAGUACAGAAGAAAACACUUGUAGAUAUUCUGAGCGAAAAUAAGCAGAAAUAUGGAGGUGUGCUCACACUCUGGCUUGGACCUAUCGCCACCGUGCACUUGUGCGAUUAUGAUAGUACUGUAGAAGCAAUGGUUAAAAAUGGAUCGUCAUUCAUCAACAGGGCCCUGCCCUUCUUGUUCGAGUAUUCCAGAGGAGGAAGAGGCCUGUUGGCGUCUAGUGGUUUAUUCUGGCAGGAACAGCGACGUUUUGCCUUACAUACGCUGAGAAAUUUUGGUUUGGGGAGAAAUAUCAUUGGAGAAAGAAUAAUGUACGAAUUCGAAAUUACGUGCGAAGAGCUGGAGAAGCAAAUGAACAACGGUCAGCUGUCCAUUCAACCCAACCAGAUGUUUGAUCUUCUGAUCGGUAACAUCAUUAACAGACUGUUGUUUACGGAUCGCUUUGAGAAAGAUCAAGAAUCAACGUUUUUUCGCUUGAAAAACGAUCUGGACAAUAUUUUCGAUAGAUUCGAGCCAUGGGAUGCGCUUAUCAAUCGUUGGACUAUGAACAUCCCAUUCUUUCGCCGAAGAGCAGAGGCCCUACUGCAGCCACAAAACGAUCUUCUGAGCUUUUUACAUGAGCAAGUCAAAAAGAGGCAAGAAGCCGUAGCUGAUGGCCGUCAUGUUUUUGAAGGAGAGGGAGACGAUUUUGUGGAUGCAUUUUUGAUCCAGAUGGAAAAAGAAGCAAAAUCGGAAGAGGGUAGUAGUUUUAAUAGAGAAAAUUUGGAUCAUGUUUUACUGGAUCUGUGGGCCGCUGGUCAGGAGACAACUGCUACCACUCUAAUCUGGGCAUUCGUCUACCUUCUUUUGCAUGAUGAGGUCAAAACUUGUGCGACGGACGAACUUCGUCAAGUAACCAAAGGAAGCCGUACGUUAUCGCUUGCUGACAAAAAUAAUACACCAUACUACAACGCAGUGCUGACGGAGAUUCACCGGUGUGCGGCAAUAUUUCCUACAAACUUAGCCAGAAGAGCAGACGAUAACGUUAGCGUAGGAGGUUAUGUUAUUCCAAAAGGCACUUCUGUCUCAGCUCAAGUUUCACUGACCAUGUCUUACGAGAGAUACUUCAAAGAUAGUAGGAAGUUCAAUCCCGACCGAUUUUUAAAUGCGGACAAGUUGGAACAGCAAGUUAUCCCGUUUGGUAUGGGCAGAAGAGCGUGUCUUGGCGAAUCACUUGCAAGAGCUGAGUUAUACCUGAUCAUAGGAAACUUUCUUCUGCGUUACUCUAUAACAAGUGAUCCUGAACAUCUGCCAUCUAUGUCACCAAAACUUCCUAUCGGUAUCGUUAAAAAAUCUCUUCCUUAUCACAUUGUCUUUGAGCAAAAUAAAAUUUCUACGAUUUCAUAGAUUACGAUCACAGUAGAACUUACAAAAAUCCCCUUUAACCUUUUCUAGUCCUGCCAAUACUAACAAUGAGUUCUAAAUGACUUACAUGAGUCAUA